UCCCCCUCUGAGUUAGCGCUCACCUGGCCCCUCCCACAUGUAUUUCUAGGGUAUAAAGCCUUUCACAGGUAUAUUCAGCGGCAGGUGCAUCUAUGAAACUAGAGCGAGAGAGAUAAAGGGAGAGAGAGAAGGAAGAGCAGGAGAAAAAACGUGGAGUAUACUGACGAACACUCGGAGUGAAUCACAAACACUGGACUCUAAAUCAAACAGUGGAUUAUUAUUGAUCUGACACCUUCUCAUCGCUGCCUGUCGGUUGCCUCAGAAUCAGAGAGCCCAUGUCAUCUGCCAGUGAGCUGUGUAGGAUCCUGACCAACGCUAACAUGACCAUAUACCCGACUGGAAGCUCUGAGCCCCUGCAGCCUCAGUCGCUGCAGCCCAGCCUCACCACCGUGUCUCUGCCCGCCACAGGAGACCUGCUGCAGCUCUCAGACCUCUCCACAUGCAGCUCGAGCAUACUGGCACAAUGGUAUGACCAGAACCCUCAGUACUGGAGCAAGCAGAACGUGUUGGAGUGGAUCAGCUUCUACGUGGAGGGCAAUACGUUUGAUGCCGGCACACUGAGCCUGUCCUGCUGCUUCAUGGACGGACCCACGCUCUGCCAACUGACCAGAGAUCAGCUGUUAAACAUGUUCGGAAUGUCCCUUGGGGCUCAGCUCUACCAAAGCCUGGUGGAACUCAAGGCCAAAUACGAUCUGAACGAGACCUGUAAGCUCCUGGACAACUUCCUGCAUGAGUUCCCAGACUUCCCUCUGCUCAGCACAGUAGAAGUAAACGAAGUUGUGAAAGACACAAGCUACAACGACUUCUCACACGUCUUCAAGAACUUCAACUUCAAUAACAUGAAGCCGCUCAGCGACCACGGAUACGAGUCCGACAGCAUGCACAGCUCCUCAUCAGGUGGAAUGCUCAGCUUCCAGAACCCCAGCUCUCCAGAAUCCAGGAGCAGUGAGUCCGACCCAGAGUUCUCCUACCCUCAGAUAGCCAAAGUGCACAUAAAGACAGAGAGGACAGAGAGGACAGAGAGGGGAGAGAUGAUGAAGAGAGGCAGAGGAAGACCUCCCAAACACAGCCAAGAUCCCAGACACUACCAGACCUCCAAGAAGAGCAAACAUGCGCCCCGUGGGACUCACCUGUGGGAGUUCAUUAGGGACAUCCUGAUCCACCCAGAGCAGAACCAGAACCAGGGUCUGAUGAAGUGGGAGGACCGCCACGAGGGUGUCUUCAAGUUCCUCAAGUCUGAGGCUGUGGCCCAGCUGUGGGGGCAGAAGAAGAAGAACAGCAGUAUGACAUACGAGAAGCUCAGCCGUGCCAUGAGAUACUACUACAAGAGAGAGAUCCUGGAUAGGGUGGACGGUAGACGGCUGGUCUAUAAGUUUGGGAAGAACUCCACCGGCUGGAAGGUGGAAGAGACCAGGCUGCAUGGCAUGUGAGAUACAAGGCACAAGAGUAGUGGGGGUGUCAACUGGACAGAGCAGUCCCCUCUGUCCUAUUGUAGAUAGGACGACCAACUCUCUGGUCGACAGCCCUAUACCUGAAAUAAUAUAAAGACACUUACUUCUCUUCUUCCAGGGGAGGUGUUGCAGAAAAGCCAGUGUUUUUGGCUCCAGUAGGUUUUAUGAACCGAUAUUGUUAUUUUACAGUACCUAUUAUGUUUGUAUGUUUACAGGAAUUGUUGUGGACACUGCUUUGGGCCUGCAAGUGGGUGCGCAUGAUGGUGUGUCUGUUUUCAGAUAUAUUCUCUCUGGGAUAGAUAACGAGAAAAAGGCAUUUAUGUUUGCAUUUAUAUAAGCGCUUUAUAUUGUGUGGGAGUAACUCACCUUAUGUGUCACUAUGACAACCACCUGGGUAUAUGGGCAUUAUAGUUUUUACUGUGGCAACAUAAGCACUGAUCUGUUUUUUAAUGUGUUUGUUUGUUUCAAUUUUUUAUAUUGUAUGAGUCUAUAAGUAGCACUUAAAACUAUAAUUUGAUAUGUCUAUUUGCAAGACGGCUAGUUGCCAAACUUGCGACUUCUAAAAUGAGCCAUUGUUUAGAAUCAAAUGAAAUAACAUUUCAGUAGUCACAACAGAUGUAGACUAACAGUGAAAUGCUUACUUACAGGUCCAUUUCGAACAAUGCAGAGUUAAAGAUAUUUCUUUUUUUUAAGAUAAAAAAAGAGAAGAGCCUCAUGUUGUGUUUUAACCUGGGUAUUAAAGGGCUUGUGUUUAAUGAUAAACCUGAUAUGAAGGACGGAGGAGACAACUGGAGGACAAAAACAAGAGAGAGGAGAGAGAGGCGGAACAAAACGAAGGGAUACUCAUUAUAAACUAUCGGUGACAGGAAGUUGUGUAUUUCGCUGUUUCAUUGUGAAUGUUGUCUAUAAAGUACGUCCUUUACAGCUAUAUAAAUCUUUAUGUAUCUCACCAGACCAGACCUACGUCAAUACAGUAUGUAUUAAUAAUCAGUUUAAAACAAAUCAACGACUCAACUGCUGUUCUGUAUGAUUGUUUAUUAUGUUAUUCAGCUGGUCUUUCUUCUUCGAGAUCACUCAAUAUCAUGUGUAUGAGAAUUAAAUCUCAGAUUGUAUCGUUUGUGAUAUAUUUAAACUCAUGUAUGUACGGCAUAUUGUUUAUUUUGUACUUAAGAGUCUUUAUACGGAAAUAAACUAUGUUUGAAAUAA